CAAUUGGAGGCGCAUCUUCGGGGUUCAAGGGCCCAGCAACAUCGAGCGUCAAGCAGUGGUAAUCACGACCCUUAUUGCCGCCGACCUUAUCCAUCUUAACUCUCGCCCGAACCUGCGCAAGAGAUCACGACAUUACCGCAGACAUUCCACGAUCGAGCCUGCAACCAUGAUUUCCGACAACGACCUGUACAGACUUGCCAUCUUCCUCGGCUCUGCCUCCGUCGUCCUCAUAGUCAUAUACCACUUUCUCGAGGUCAACUCACAGGAGAGCGCAUUGCAACAGAAAGCCGCCAAGGCUGUCCCUGCGCUGCAACAGCAAGCCGUUGGCAAAGCCUCGAACGCAGCGAGAUGAGGCGGCCUGGUCGCGAGAAAUCCGUGAGGGAUAAGAUACAACGCUGGCUCGCCUGUCGUGAUAAUCAUUCACUGCCCGAUUGCGGUUGAACAAGGUCCCCUUGGAGGACGGCCCACCCCAAGAUACCCAAAGUGAUGUUUUGUAAAGGGACGACAAGACGCUCUAGGAGCCUCAUGUACAGGACUGCAACCAGUUGCUUCGAACCACCUGGGUUCAUGAUCAUACAACUUAUGGCGCCGCGCAGUCGUGAUGCGUUGGCCAUGAUCGCCAGGCUCAACAGCUUGUGUUGACGUGGCACUACACUCUUGGGCCAAUGAACAAUGGACAAGUCCUUGCGUGGUUGUGACUGAGUGCUUGUUGGAGUGCACAUUUCUAUGAGCAAGGGACUAGAUCUGAGUUGUUCAUGAUAAUAUGCGAUAGAACAAAGAAAUCAGCAACCAUGGUUGACCUUGA